UAGCGAAGAACUGCUUCCAGCUCUCUUUUCGCGUGUGCAAGUUUGUUCGCCAUUUGUGUGUUUGCAGGUGACUGCAAUUUUUCAUCGGGAAAUUCCUUUGCUAUACUUCCGAAUAGUGCGUCAAGGCCACAGCAUCAGCAAUGCCGAAGAAUAAAGGAAAGGGAGGAAAGAAUCGUCGUCGUGGUAAAAAUGAAAACGAGUCGGAAAAACGCGAACUGAUCUUCAAGGAGGACGAGCAGGAAUACGCACAGGUCACAAAAAUGCUUGGCAAUGGUAGAUUAGAGGCGAUGUGCUUCGAUGGCGUAAAACGACUUUGUCACAUCAGAGGCAAACUGAGGAAAAAGGUUUGGAUCAACCAGGGCGACAUCAUUCUGAUUGGUCUGCGCGACUACCAGGACUCGAAGGCGGACGUCAUUCUCAAGUACACCCCGGACGAGGCACGAAAUCUGAAGACCUACGGCGAGUUUCCGGAGUCGGUCCGCAUCAACGACACAGUCACGUUCGUCGACAACGACCUGGAUGAUGAUAUCGAGUUCGGCGAUGAGUACAGCUCCGAGGAGGAAGUUGAUGCGGUGGAUGCCAUAUGAUCGGCCAGCAAACUUGUUAGUAGCAGCAUUACCGGAGCAACAAACAUUCUCUGUAGCAGCAAGAGCAGUUAAAUUUUUUGCGAUAGUUUCUGGUUUGUUCAGUAACCAUUUGACAACACAACCAAGUUCAGUACAGCUAACAACAUCAACAGCUAGGUCUGAUGCCAGAGAGCGCAUCUACCUUAAAAUUGGAAAUCAGAAAUCAAAACCGAAAAAAUAUACAUGUAUUGUUUUACCCUAUAUUUUGUUUCAAAACAUAAACGAAUUAUCUUCGACGUUUCCAGUGGAUGGGAAGAUUCUAAUGCGAGAAAUGUGGUGUAUAGGAGCUAUAUUUUAAGCUUUCCGUUUUUUUUGAUAGAUCAUAUUUAUAAUCACUUUCUAGUAAACUACAGAAAACUUGCAUCAACAGUUUUCUUAGAGUAUAAUAUUAUUUUUCCAAGAGAAAAUACAAGAAACUUAGUUUGGAAUAGUCAUCAAAAUAAACAAAUAUUUCCUGUUAGCCGGAGCUGUAAAAGAAAACGAUAUUCAAUCUCACGAACCGACGAGAUAAAUUGUCUAUAACAGAUGAAAUUAUUAACCAAUUGUAACUUGCACGCGAUUAGCCAUCGUUUCAAUAGGAAUGGUUGGCAAUAGGUUGGCACAUCAUGCGCAAUUAUGAAAUAGUUCAUAAAUAAACAGAAAGAAGAAAGGAACAA